UGUUUAGUUUCAAUUAAGCAGACGAAGAUUUAGGUUGGUAAAAUGCAGCAGCAGUUGUUACUACUGCCACUGAUUGUGGCACUUGCAGCAGCAACAGCAACUACGCCAGACAAAUGUGGCACGUUCAGCAGCUGUCUGGGCUUCACCAAUGCCACUGGCUGGCGUGUGAUAGAAGCACCCGGCUUGGCAGCCUUUCCCGUGCCCUGUGAUGGGCAAACUCCCGGAGCCGGAUCCGGCUGGACGGUAAUGCAGCGUCGUGUGGAUGGCAGCGUGCGCUUCCAGCGCAGUUGGGCAGCCUAUCGCGCUGGAUUUGGCGAUCUUCAAGCUGAUUAUUUUAUUGGACUCGAAGCACUGCAUAGACUGACGACACACCAGCCACAUGAGCUGUAUAUCUUUAUGGAAAAUUUUAAAAACAAACAGGCCUAUGCACGCUACGACAAUUUUGUAGUGGCGUCUGAAUCGGAGGGAUAUAAGCUGCUGGAGCUGGGCAUGUAUGUGGGCACUGCUGGCGAUGAUUUCUCGCUCAACAAGGGCAUGAAGUUCUCUACUAUGGACAAGGAUAACGAUGUAUAUUGGCAGAACUGUGCACUGGAGAGUCAGGGCGGCUGGUGGCAUAAGAAUUGCACUUCAGUCAAUCUGAAUGGCGAGUACUUUGAUAGUCAGCUGGAUGAGUACAAGGGCAUACGCUGGUGGAGCUGGAAUGAUAAUGAGACACUAAAGUCAGUUAAAAUGUUAAUCAGACCCAAAGCCAAAUAAAGCUGCCAGCCAAGCAG